GGGAGGAGGAGGAGGAGAAGAAAGAGAGAAAAGAGGCAGAGGGAAGAAGCCGGAGGAAAGAAGACUUUCAGCGCGGCGUUGCCGGGCGGUGCGGGUGUGUGUGCACGGGGGUGUGUGCAAGGGGGGGUGUGUGUGCGGGGAGCGGCUGCCGCUGCUGCCGGCGCUGCCUCCCGCGGGUGCGCGGCGCGGUGGCCGGCGUGGGGCGCGGAGCGGCGGCGCGGGCGGCCGCGGGUGCGGACCAUGGGCUGGCGGCUGCUGCCCGCGGUCCUGCUGGCCCUGGCGCUGGGCGGCCCCGCGGCGCGGGCGCAGAACGACACGGAGCCCAUCGUCCUGGAGGGCAAGUGCCUGGUGGUCUGCGACUCCAACCCGGCCACCGACGCCAAAGGCUCGUCCUCCUCCCCGCUGGGCAUCUCCGUGCGGGCGGCCAACUCCAAGGUCGCCUUCUCGGCCGUGAGGAGCACCAACCACGAGCCUUCCGAGAUGAGCAACAAGACCCGCAUCAUCUACUUCGACCAGAUCCUAGUAAAUGUGGGCAAUUUUUUCACGUUGGAGUCUGUCUUUGUAGCACCAAGAAAAGGAAUUUACAGUUUCAGUUUUCAUGUAAUUAAAGUCUAUCAGAGCCAAACAAUUCAGGUUAAUUUGAUGCUAAAUGGAAAGCCAGUCAUUUCUGCUUUUGCUGGGGACAAGGAUGUCACUCGUGAAGCUGCUACUAAUGGAGUCCUGCUCUAUCUAGACAAGGAGGACAAGGUUUACCUGAAGUUGGAGAAAGGUAAUCUGGUCGGUGGCUGGCAGUAUUCUACAUUUUCUGGCUUUCUGGUCUUUCCCCUGUAAAGUCAAAUUUUCCUGUGACAUUCAUCCAGGUGUGGACUCAUCAUUGCCUCUGUUACAUGAAGAGCAUUUUAUCAUCAUGGGAUUGAUGUUUCUUUAUUGUUCUUUCAUGGUUGAAUAUGGAUUCUCUUUAUGGAUUUUGGCUCCAUCAGAACUACUCAGAAGUUUCACAGAAUCUUGUGUGUUUAAAUACAUUUGGAUUGAGACUAAAGCAGACAAUAAGUAUCUAUGCUUAAUGUUACAGUCUAAAGCUGCCUGCAAGAUUUAUUCAGAUUUCAUUUACUGGACUUUCUGGAUUCAUGGGAGAAAUGGAUUUUCUUUAAUUAUGAAAAUGACUGGCAACCAGGUCUCUAAUUUAGGAGAGUUUGAGGUCAGACUUCAAUCAAGAGUUAGUGUGUCGCUGCCAAAGAACUGUAUAUUGAUAUAUUGGUCAUACCUGUUUUUGUCAUUGGGACUUAACUGACAUGAUCUAUCCCAUUGUCUUGAGAAAGGUAAUUAUUAUUGAUAAGUGGUUGACUUUAAUUCUCCUCUGCGUGUAGUGUGUUGGAUGGGUUACCCACAUAUUUAUGCUCUGUCCCCAUCAAGUCUAGCUCACAUAAAGCUGAGAGGUUAUGAUUGCAUUUUAGUUGGAUGUGUAAGUAUUCCUCUUCUCCACGUGCUGGUUUCUAAAAAGAAGCAGCAGAAUCUAACCAUUAAGGAAAAUAUUCUUACCAGGGUUAAAGGCAUUCAGGCACAACUUUGCAAAACAGCUUUGCCCUGCAGGAAAUCUCAUGCUUGUUCUAAUUAACAUGAUUGAUAAUAACUGCUUUAUUAAAAACCUAAGGGAUUCCUUCCUUAGACACAACCACUUUAUUAGCUGGAGAUGAGACCCCUUUGUUUGAAAUUAUGUCUGUUUUUCAAACCUUCUGAUGUGUUAAAGGUAUCAUCCUGGUUUUGCCUUAACUCCAUAACUGUAUAUAAUUUUAGAUCAUAUGUUUAACAAAUAUUACAUCCAAAUAGCUGGUACCUACCUGGGUGCAAUAUCUUUUUGGCUUUUUGUACAGGUCAUAAGAAUUCAUAAACUUAUUUAUUAUAUCAUUGUUACAUAAUAAAGAUUAAUGUAUGUUAGCUGAA